CCUUCCGUUUUUCCAACGUCUUAUUGUUAGGCCGGAACCCUUUAUUCAAAAUGCCUCCCAAGUUUGACGCCAACGAAAUCAAGACUGUCGCCCUCCGUGUUACCGGUGGUGAAGUCGCUGGUGGUUCUGCUCUUGCCCCCAAGAUCGGUCCCCUCGGUCUGUCCCCCAAGAAGGUCGGAGAAGACAUCGCCAAGGCCACCCAGGAAUGGAAGGGUCUCCGCAUCACCGUCAAGCUGAUCAUCCAGAACCGUCAGGCUGCCAUCGAGGUCGUUCCCUCUGCCUCUUCUCUUGUCAUCAAGGCCCUCAAGGAGCCCCCGCGUGACAAGAAGAAGGAGAAGAACAUCAAGCACAACGGCAACCUCGCUCUCAACGAUAUCGUUGAGAUCGCCCGCAAGAUGCGCCACAAGUCCCUGGCCAAGGACCUCGCCGGCACCGUCCGUGAGAUCCUCGGCACCGCCUUCUCUGUUGGCUGCACCGUCGACGGCCAGUCCCCCCAGGAUGUCAGCGAGAAGGUUGCCUCUGGAGAGAUCGAGAUCCCCGAGAACUAGAUGCACUGUUCAUAUCGCUAGGACGCAAAUAUAAAGGGAUUCUGAAAUAACAUUUGUUGCGCUCUCCCAGCCCAAUAACAUUUGUUGAUGCCUCUGUC